AAGAAGAAGCAGCCCCUCAGUCUGCUAGCAAACAACAGAGAAGUGAAGUAAAAAAGCAUCUCCGAUGGAGGCGGCGUCCCUAAAACUCGCUUAGACCUUCGUGUGAUGAUUUGUUUUCCGCUAUUUGUUCGGUUAAUCGUUAACUUUAUGUGUAGCGGCGGUGGUCGUCGAGCUGCCUCGCUUUUAUAAGCAGGGACCCUCCCUGAAGACAAGUUAAUACUGUUAGCCGGGUUAGCUAAAGUUGAGGUUGGGCAGCUGGUUUCAUCGAUGAGGAAAGAAACCAGACCCGGGAUUCAAUGCUGUGAGGAGGCCUGACGAGCUUGUCUGGAGUUACCUAGCUGACCACCUGUGUUAGAGAGAGGGCUGCAGAAUGACAGAAGAUGCUGUCCUGCUGAAAGUACCUGUCAUCCGGCAACUGUACCACUGGGACUGUGGGCUAGCCUGCUCCAGGAUGGUGCUAAAGUACCUUCAUCCUGUUGAUGACGAGGAGUUUCAGAGAGCAUGCUGGGAUCUGAAGCUGACAGAGAGUGUUUGGACUAUUGACCUUGCCUACCUCAUGUGCCACCUCGGGAUCAAACACUGCUUCUAUACCCAGACUCUGGGCGUUGAUAAGGGCUUCAGGAAUCAGUCCUUCUACAAGAAACAUUUUGAUACAGAAGAAGACCGAGUCAACGAGCUCUUCAUCAAAGCAGAGAGCAAAGGUGUGGUUGUUAAGAAAUGCUCUGUGACAGUUCAGGAAAUCCAGUCUCAUCUGGAUCAGGGCCAUGUUGCCAUAGUGCUGGUCAACGCCGUUGUCUUGACAUGUGAACUGUGCUCCUCGCCUGUCAAAUACUGCUGCUUCCUGCCCGUGGGCCAGAAGUGUUUCUGCAGGAAGCCGGAGUACCAGGGUCACUUUGUGGUGGUGUGCGGCUUCAACAGGACCUCCGGCUCCAUCUUCUACAACAACCCCGCCUACUCUGACCGCGUGUGCUGCACCAGCGUCAGUAACUUUGAGGAGGCUCGUCGGAGCUAUGGGACGGACGAGGAUAUCCUGUUUGUCUUCAAGGAGAGUUGAUUAAAAAGGGAGGCUGGACUCGGAUGUCAUAAUCUCCAUGUGAUGAUGAUGCUGCUGCCGGUCCGUGGUUGGACCAGCGGCCCCCCUCCUGUCAGUAGACGCCCGGACCCAUCGUCCUCUCUGGUGCUAAUAAGCCCCACCAGCGCUCACAUGAGAGCCCCCCCCCCCCCCCCC